GGAGUUUGGGGAGAUUGCAAAUGGGAGUUCAAACACCACAUUCAACCGCAUAUUUUCCCCCAUUUUUGAUAUCUGAUUUUGAUUUCGAUAACUGAAAUAUCUUCAAUCUCCGCCAUUUCUGUUCACUAUCACUGUAAUCAACCACCACCGUCACUGUUUUCUCUGCAAAAUGAUGCCUAUUGCCGCCGGCGAUCAUAUAGUUUGCUCUUCUUAAGUUCCGGAAUCGAAAUCAAACAAUGGAUGUUCAUAAUAACUGCCUUCUUAUGUUACCAUUCCUCUGUGUUUCGCUUCUUUUGUUUUCUCUCUACACCAGACGACGGCGGCUCCGCCACCACCACGGUUCACCUCCGGUGAUCACGGACAUUGUUCGUACUAUCAAUAGUGAUGAUCACAGUACCGGCAUUGAAAACCUAACGUCUCACGAUUCGAACCCUAAUAAUUCCUUGCUUCUUGAGAUCUUACCGGCUCUUUUGGAGGAUAAUAAUCGGGGGGCGGAUAACAGCGAGUCUACGGCGGUUGGGGAUGAGGAGUGUGGGAAGAAGAAGAAGAAGAAAAGAGGGAGGAAGAAACGAUUAGAUGGCAAUGAUUCAUCGAAAGGUCAAGUGGUAAUUAAGGAUGGAUUGAUUGCGGGAAUAGGAAAAGAGAAAGAUCAUGAUGAUUUAGUGUGUUUAUAUCCUUUUACUUCGUCUUCUAGUGCCACACAGAGGAAGAUUAAGCAACAAUAUGAUCAGCUUGUUAAGUCACACGAGUCCAAUGGAUUGACUCUUCUUCAGGUAGGACAAUUUGUCAACUGCUUGAUUGAAGCAAGAGAUGAAUUAAAGCACAAGUCGGAGGUGAUCCAUCGGAAGUUUACGAUUACGAAGGCUUUACUAUUUAAGGCAGAUAGGUCUUCAUUUGACCGACUACGUCAGCAGCAGAUAUACAAGCUAGAGUUGGAACAAAAGAGGGUAGAAGAGGAUGGAUUUGUAUAUAACUGGCUUCAGCAACAGCUUAAACUCUCACCAGCGUACAAGAAGAUGCUUGAAAUUGGUGCUUACAUGGAGUCGAAAGCUAAAUCCGUUGAAACCACCAAAGAUACCGAUUAUGAUACAUCUGAUAUUUCUUUCGAGGAGCUAUUAGCUCGCGAGAAAAAAGAUACUUUUUGGCAAAAAAAGGGGAAACCGAGAUCAGGGUCGGGUUGAUGGCGAGUUUUUUUUUUUCAAAGCGGAUUUUUAUUUUGGGUACUCCUGUAGGUUAUAUGUUACAAUUUUUGGGUAAAUGGUCUUAUGAUGUCAAUACAAUUGGGUCUUGCUUAAACCCAAUAAUAACAUCCCAUUUACUUGUCAACAGCUA